AAUAUCAUAGGAGGUGAAACACUGCGGUGUGGUUUGUUUUGAUUUUCCAGCUGUCAGAAUAGCACAGAAAAACAUACACACACGGACACGCACCCAAACGUGAAAGCAACUCGCGGAACGACGCAGGCGGAAGGACUUUUCCGUAUAUUUUUGCGUACCGUACCAAACACAGUUCUCUUUUGGCACGUACGUCAGUAUAGCAGGGAAAGGACGAUCGUCCGCAUAGGUCGACAAGCAGCAAAAUUCGCCAUCACCACCUAGCGGUCACACCUGCUAACGACCAUGACACCUGGUAGCGACGGUGGAUAAUUGAGGAGCCGGGAAAAUGUUUUAAACUUGUGCAACGCUCCUGAAUCACAAGCUUGCCGAAAAAAAGCAUCCGUGCAGUGAAUUCACACCAAAAAACCUAAUUCCACCUCAUGCGAACACCCAUUGAAGAGUGACGUGCUUAGGCAAGAGUGGACUGAAUGUUUGUGCGACCCCCGUCAUAUGGCCACACCAUCCACCCACGCGAUUGAACGAAGAAAAUCAACACGGCACGGUAGAAGCGUACCGUAAAACGAAAACAUCCCGAGGAAAUCUUUCUAUGGGUGUGAUGGAUGCAAUGUGUCCGUGUUUUCCGGUGGAACGGUACGACGUAGGGGAAGACUCACACCCACGAUGAGCAGCUAGUUAGAAGAGUGGUGGUCGGAAGAGUGUUUUACAUUAGCACCGAAUCGGGAUCGGUUUGUUUUCAUUCUUUUCGCGUAAAAGAAACAGUUUAUACAGCAUUCGGAAGUUAAAACAUUCAUCCGAGAUCGAUGACUGCGUUAAAAAACGGUGUUGGCGCAUCCGCAGAUCAAAAGGCAAGAUUUUUCCUUGUAAUUAUGCGACUGAAUUUAAAGUUCUUGCUGAUAAGUCUCUGCGUAACGGUUGCACUCAUAACGUUCGCUCUGUGGGCGAACUGUGGCGUUGGACAUGGGCUUGUACCGAAGUGGCCCCAGCAUCAUGGUGACGGUGACAAUCCAUUCGAACAGACGGAGGAAAUCGACUGUAUCAUCAACCAGGAGUAUGCUAUCGGGUGCCGGAAGGAGGGCGAGGAGGUGUACCUUCCGUUUUCCUUCCUGCAGAAGUACUUCGAUGUUUACGGAUCGCUGAACGUGGUGGACGGCAGUCGACGGUUCGAUUGGACGCAUAGCUACGGGAAGGUAAACUACCCGAAGGGAGCGUAUGAUCCGCGCGGUAUCUUCAUGUACUUUGAAAACUACAACGUAGAGAUGCGCGAUCGCGUCAAGUGCAUCAGUGCGAUCGAUGGUGUACCGAUUUCGACGCAGUGGGAAAGUCAGGGCUACUUUUACGCCACCCAGAUCGCUCAGUUUGGGCUGUCACAUUAUAGCAAAAAUUUAACCGAACCGGAACCGCGCCGUAAGACCGUCGAGGAUGGUGAUCGGGAGAUGGCCACCUGGAUAGUACCGAAGGGUAGCUCGAUGAACCGUACGAUCGAUCGGCUUCGACCGGUGGGCGGUGCGGUACUUUGUUUUUCUACCGGCAAAUCGUUUGAUACGGCUGUGGUCCUACCGAUGGAUCACGUGCUCGAUUUGGUGCUGAGUAUCGAUGUGCUACUGAAGCCAAAUUCCACGAUAUGCGUCACAUUGCAGAACCGUGAAACGCAGAAGCUUUAUCACGUUUACUACAUACUGGCGGAUCUACUGAUCGGUGUGCAGGAUGAGAACAUUUACUACGGAAUUGGGUUAAACAGUACUGGUGCGUGGAAACAUUUGACGCGCGAUUUGUUUGUCGAUCUGCAGAAAGGACUGCCGCAGUACGCAAGCACAGACAAGCGGCGUAAGAUGCGCCGCACUGAGCUAAAGGUGAUCGAGAUAUCGCUGCUCGGCAAUGGUAGUAUCGAUAAUUUGACACUUUCGACGAGUGAACAUAUAAGCCAUUUUUACGACGCUGCCGAUUGGUUGAUUCGGCACCAAGAUCCGAGUACUGGUGGAUGGCCAAUACCGGUACGACGAAAGCUAGGUUCGGGAUUCGGUGAACUGGCUCGCGGUUGGUACUCGGCGAUGGCACAGGGACACGCGAUAUCACUCCUGGCGCGAGCAUAUUACCAUUCCAAGGGAGAUAAGCGAUAUCUGCGGGCAGCACUGGAUGGUUUGAAGCUGUUUCGGAUACCAUCCUACCAGGGUGGCGUUUUGGCUACCUUCCUAGGGAAGUACGCAUGGUACGAAGAAUAUCCGACGACACCACACUCGUUCGUGCUGAAUGGAUUCAUCUAUUCGUUGCUAGGACUGUACGAUCUGAACUCAACUGCACCGGUCAACCAAUCGAAUGAGGCGGCAGUCCUGUUCGAACAGGGUAUGGCUAGUCUAAAGAAAAUGUUGCUUCUGUACGAUACCGGAUCGGGUACGAGCUAUGAUCUCCGGCAUUUUACUCUUGGCAUUGCACCGAAUCUAGCUCGCUGGGAUUAUCAUGCAACGCACGUCAAUCAGCUGCUGCUGUUGGCCACAAUCGAUCCGGACCCGCUGAUAUCGCAAACGGCGGAACGAUGGAAAAAUUACAUGGUAGGCAAACGUGCUCCGCAUAACUAAGCGAACUAAGCGGUGCAUUCGUAUUCGUGCACCACAAAAAAAAAACUGGCCACUGGUUGUUCCUGGUAGACCUGCAAUCUUCUCCACUUCCAUUUUAAAUGCCUUACACACCAGAAGAAAAGUAUCUCACUUCCUCUACAGUAGCGGUGUUCUCUGUUGUUGACCGUAGCAGCACAAUUUCUCGCUCUUCGCCGGGAUGCGAUUAUCCGUUUCGCGUGACUAGGGAGAAUGGAGUUAGGGGGAGCUUGAAACAAAAAGAAAAAGACACAACCGCAGAAACGAAAAGGAAGAUAGACGUAAGCGGGAUGGUAAAAACUGGCCUCUUUCGCGCAUUAGGGCCACCACUGAUGGUAAGAUUCUGCGAGGCUUUCGUGAUAUGAUAUGGUACCUUUAGAGUGUAACGGAAAUUGUACAUAUGAUUAGAGUUCUUUCCACAACCACUUUCCUGGCUAGAACGCGUAGCGUCUAUCGUAGAGCAGGAUCGCAUAUCCGUACGGAACGGGUAUCCGUUUUGUACAAUUCACAAACCACAUUUGGUAGGAUGCUUUCACCAUUUUUUUUUGUACUAUCGAACCUAUAUGCUCACGCGCCUCACCUACAAAAUAAUAAUCAGCAAGUAGCGAUAAGUUCAGUAUCACACAUAUGCACACAUUAGGGGAUAUGUGUGUAGCGUGCGCGAGAUGGUGAAUGAAAAUUAAAUUGUAAAGAAGGUUGUAAAGGAAUUCAAUCCAAAUAUCAUCGUAGCAUAAGUAGAUUGUACCAUUUGUCCUGCGGACGGAACGGUACGAAUGGAAGACUUAUGGCGUAAACAAACUCAACUUCUUGCCAUUGUUUUGUUGCCUGCCCGUACGUUUUGAAUGGAAGGGUAUAUUAAUCUUAAAAAGUUUCAUACAUAGAAUUUGCAAAACACAAUUUCCUACCAUCAGUAAGGGGGGGCAAACAUUUCGGUUUUGGUUGUACGCUUACAGCGAACAAAAUACCGAUCGCUUCGCCAGAUCGGGACAAGACCCGGUUCACGACGUACCGGGUGCACAAUGUAAGCAUUAACUGUCUAGUGUUUAAUGGAAUAGUAGUAGAAGCAUACAUGUCACAGAAAUACCAAUCAAUAUUUAGAGAGCUUACACUGGAAACAGUAUUGAAUAAGUAAUUCUUACGAUGGACAUUGUAAGAUCGUAAGAGUUUCUAUCCAUGCACAAAAAAAACAAACUUUUUGUACGAACCUUCACUUGGUUUAUGAUAGAGUAAGAGGGAACAAUUUUGUUCAAGUUGUAUGUUAUGCGUUUCGCUUUUAGUUAAGUGCAGUUUCUGUACAAUAGUUUGUGUUAUUUGUUUUUACAUGUACCUUACUGUUUGGUUUAAGCAUAAUUAUUUUUGGGUUGUUAAGAAAUUAGUUUAUUUAUUGGUAAAAAUAAUGCUUUAAAGGAUGAAGAAACGAUGGCUCAACCUAUCAUCGAAUUAUAGUUAUUUAUGUUUUGCCGAAAGGGUGAAUUGCGUUAAAUCAUGUGUAUAAGAUUGUAAAGGAUUGUAAUCGAUAGAAGGGAAUGAAAAGCAAAUUUGAGUUUCGUACUGUAAUAAUUAUUUUAUCGUUGAUUGUUUCCUUUUUUCGUAAUAAUGCAGAGAUAGUGUGUGUAGUAAUUUUGGUUUCCCCCGCUAAAGGGGAAAGAAAGACAAAACCGGUUGAAGAUUCCUGUUGCAAACAGUUACAUUAGGCUGGCUAAUUUUUACAUAGUUUAAAACAAAACUCUCAUAAGACUGCAUCCAGAUGCGGACGGUUAUGGAUUAUUGUGUGUACGUAUAAGUCCGGCAGCAAGUUAAGUUCACGUUCAGCUGCCCUAAGUGUAUUGCUGCGCGAGUGUGCAAGGUGAAAAGAUAUUUUCUAACAAAAGUUUGAUAGUCGACUAAAUCCCCAUUUGGUGAAGUGUUACGUUUACCGGAAGACGACACAAGACCCAUUCCUAAGUAAUGCCCACGGUAAUGAUUAACUUCCAGUUUGACUGCGAAACCAAUGGCGGUAAUGUAACAUAAGAUAGCUAGUAUAAUAUCGGCACGUAGUGAUUAUCUGUAGCGGGAACCGAGUGGAACGUUUCGAGUGGGGUUUCGAAAUUCGUAAUAGUGUUUAGAUGGCAAAUCCUGCCCGAUGGAAGCAUAGUACUGGUAGUGUAGUAAAGUAGUCAAUCAAUAAUAUCUCCACACCUGAGUAGAGAAGGGAAGUUGGCUGUUAGACCGUUUUGUAAACGAAACGAAUAUGAAGCUGAGACGAAAAAAUAAGAAAAAAACACUCUCGACAAUAAGAUGAAGAUAGGUAAAACUGGGGUAGGCGCGUUGUGAUGUGCAAAUGACGAGGACAUGCGAGGACGCGUUGUAUCUUAAUGGAGCGAUUAAUGUCGUAUUAGUUUGGCCAUUUAUGUAAUGAACAGAAUGAGUAAUUUUGAGUUCCUUUAUGAAGAAGAAAGCAGUAAGAUUAUAUUACGUUUGACUGUUUUUUUUGAUAAACAAAAAAUAACUUUCGUGUGCAAAAAGUGACCAAAAACCAAUCAACUGUAGCUCCGCGCAGGGCGUAGUUCAUUAUAAUCACUUUAACGCCUCGUAACACACAUCAUAAGGUACGCUGGGUACUUUCAAUACCAAGCUAGUUUAACACGUACGAUGCGCUCCACAUUAUCGAUAGUUAGUGCAAUCCCGGAACAGACUCAAUAAUGUUACACUACAAUAAGGUAGCACAUCACAUUAGACUCUCUGUCGAACUUAAAACACUAUCCAGCAAGUAAAUUGCAAAAAAAAAACAAAAACCACAGUGUACAAAUGUUAUAGUUAAUUAAAAAGAAAAGAAAAAAGAAAGUCCUCCCUUCAAAAAGACGCGUAGCCGUGAAAGUGAAAAGUGUAUCGGUGGGAAGACACGUUGAAACUAGUACCAAACUUACAGACCUAGCAUAAAGCAUAUACUAUAUUCGCAAGAGAAGUGAACAUUUUGAUGAUACUAUUUUUCGUUGCCCGAAGUAAAUUGGAAAGCGAAUGGAUAUUUUAAAUUCAUUUUUUUACAAGUAAUUGGAAUCCAGAACUUAUCCGUAUUGGGAGUACACACUUUAUUUACAAUUUGUAACAGCACAAUUAAAUGUAUACAAAACAUUAUCCAAGAUGUAACAUAUAGCUAUUGGCGACUAAAAUAGAAACAAAUGUAAUGGAAUUGUAUUGUUAUUUUUAAGUUCGUAAAGCAACAGAUAUACUUGCCAAAUUAGGUACUUUUUGUCCUUAUUUACUGUACUCCAUUUAUCUGGUUUUUUUUUAAUAUUGUACGAAUCGAAUCUUUAACAGUAAUAGUUUCCACUAUCGGGAAAAGUUUGCUCCAAAAAACCACCUCUAGAUGGUAAAGCAAUUCUUGUUCUGAUUUAGCAAAACACUACAAAAACAGUGCAGUUUUAAUGUCAAUAAUAAAUACCAUAUCAUAGGCAAACAGUAACGAAAACUGUUACGAGAUGGUUCGUAAGCAUAGUUGGACACGUAAAACAUACACACACACACGCAAAGAAACACACUCGUAUAGUAUAUCUUUGCAAUAUAUACAAUUAUAGAACGAUGUGAGCGCAUAAACCGAACACGAGCAUUUAACAUUGAUCCUCACGUUAUGUUUGCACUCGGCAAAAUCUGACUAAUGAUGCCAUUCCUGCAUCCGUAAUAAAACCAAACACAUAAUAAAUGAAA